AUGUAGUUUGGGCGCAGAUUGCGUGAUGCCUUUGUUCACAAUAACGUGAACAUGGCUGUUGUCAUUCUUACUGAAGAAAAAUCAUCGGUUACAUUGGUUGAUCGAUUGGACGAUGUUGUCAUCAAGGAGCUGCAUAAACACGAACAUAAGAAUGUCGCCUUGGUAUUACGAGCAAUUGAAAAUCUGAUCACUAAAGAUGAAGACUGCAUCCACAAACUUGUCCAUAACGGUUUGGUUGCGAAGGCUUUUUACAUGUUGAAUUGGUUUGAGACGGCAUCAGAGUACCUUAAAGCACAGCCAAAACCAUCAAAGGACGCUUUGAAACUCAUCGAAGUUUUUUACGAGAUUUCAAUGAGUCUAUGUCAGAUCACCGUUUCCGGCGGCAAUAAGAUCCUGGAUGUAUUUCUGCUGCGGUUCGGCGCUGUUGUUUUGGAUUAUGAGGUACCUUUCUGUCUUCGUCUAGAGGCCAUCAGAACAAUGAAUUCUAUGUUAGAUAGCAGCCCCAAAGACAUAAGGAAGAAACUUUGCCACUCAAAUGACCAUAUCGGGCUUUUAGAAGACUUGGCAAAAGUGCUGACAGACAUUGGUGAUUAUGAAAUGCAGGUGGCCAUUUCUGAAGCGCUCUGUAGAAUGACACCAAGGAAACUGAGAGGAGACUUUGCUGGGAAAUGGUUUAAUUUCAGAAGCUUUGCUUCAGCUUUUACUUCAAUUCGUGACAAAGAUUUUGAAACCGACUGUAGGACAUUUCUGAAUGAACUGAAUAGCUAUUUUGGGGGUUCAUCAAGAGUCUUUUCAUUUCCUUGUAUUCAGGCUUUUCUUGAUUCAACUGAGCUCUUAAAGCCUGAAGACGAGUUUCUACAGGAGUUUUGGGUGGACUUCAACCUUGGAACAUCAACCAUUACUUUCUUUGUAAAUGACCCUCAGAACACACUGUGGGAACUGAUUCACCUACCUAAAGACAUUGUCAGAACAUAUGAUGUUCAAGAAUGCGAUGAUCGGAAGAUAUUGGCUGUUCACCUGACGACACCACUCUGUCAUAGAGGGAUCACAGGCAAAAUGGUCAAAAUAAUUUUUAGCUCUGUGCACAACAUUGAAACAGCCCUACUGAGAGUGUUCGGGGAGAAACCACACUACGCGACAGUCUCAAAGGACACUCUGCAAUCCGGAGAUGGCUUGACCAUGACAGAAGGACCCCAGCAUGAGCAACCAGUGAUCCCUUGUAUGUUUACUAGUUCCCCUGCUGGAGAAUUUAAAAGCAUCCAUCGGGUUGCACAUGCCAAAACAAUGUUAUUCUGUCAGACGUCAUCAACAUCGUCUAAUGGGUCUACAAAAUCCCUUCCUGACACUUUGGGUAGAACUCCUGUGAAGAAGAAAAUGAGAAUGACGCAUUCAGAUAAAGGAUUUCCUCAUAAAGGGACACCACAAGCUGACUACCAUAGACGAAAACCCAGAGCUAAGGGCAAACUCAGAGUUCUUCCUUUAUCCUCACCAAGCAGUAAUGAAGAGGAUUUCUCCAAGCUAUCGAUACCCAAAGGAGUUCAAGAAAUAAAAAACAUGGCAAGUGAAUAUGAUGACUGGUUUGAACACAAACUAGAGAAAUCAUUUAACAUGCAAUCAUCUUCACUCAAAGACACUACUGCUGAUUCAGGUUUUCAAAACAAGACUGUUUCUGAAAGCAGUUUACAAGCAGACGAACUUGAUCUUAUUGAAGAGGAGCAUAUUUUAGAUAAAGGGUUACCUUCUCAAAGAAGUGAAGCCAUUGAAUCCCCAGAACUGCAUGUGCGCUUAAACGGAGAGACAGAGGUGCCUAAACAACCGACAUUCCCACCUAGAAAACCUUUCCUGCCUGGCCCACUAGAGGAUGCUGCAGGUAAAUUUUACCCUGAGCUUUGCAACACAUUAGACUAUUGA